AUGGAUACGGAAAAGUUACUUGAUGAAUUUAGGGAAUUAAUAGAUUUUACCGAACUUUUUUGGACUAUUGAUGAUGAAAAUGUUGAAGAAAUCCUGGAUAAGUCCAUUGAAGUUGUUAAAAAAGGUUUAAUUUCUUAUUAUACAAUUUCAGAUAUGAUAAAUUCAUUCAGUAAUAGGAAUUUAAAGCGAGUAAAGGCCGUUAUUCAGUAUAUAACGUUCCUUUUUGCCAAGGUUCCGGAAUUUUCUUUUCCCCAAGGAUUUAAAAUUUAUAAUAAUUUAAUUUACUUGAUUUUGCAUCUAAAAUAUGGGAGAAAACGCGGAAUUUCGAAAUCAGAUAACAUUUUUGUUAGCUUUGACGAAUACCAAAACAAAUCUAUUGAUGAAAUUAUCGAUAUUUAUUAUUCCGACAAAAUUGAUAAAAGCAUCAUUUUUGACGACCUCGAAGGCCUGCAAAAAAGUAGUGCAGAAAGUCAUGUUUCUUUUGAUGAUAAGAUGCUCAACUUAUCGGCAAGGAAUGGAUCGAUUAAUUGCUUUAAGUACCUAUUGUUAAAUGGUUGCAACAUCAGUCAAUCAACAUUUGAAUCAAGUUUUCUUGGAAAUUCAUAUGAAAUUAUUCAUAUGUGCGAAGAAAAGUUCCAAACAAAUGAACAAUGCAUUAAGAAUGCAGUUCUUGGCCAUCACAACGAAACUGUUAGAUAUUUAAUUGAUAAGUACGAGAUUGAUUAUACAUGGGAACAAACAAUGCUAACAUAUAAUUUCGAUUUGUUUUUUGACAAAAUUCAGAGAGCAGAAAGUAUCGAUGAAAGAGAUGUAAGGAAUGAUACUUGCUUGAUGAUAUGUGUUAGAUACAAUUUAUAUACCAUUGCCAAAUUUUUGUUAAGAGAUUUCGGUGCAAAUCCAAAUGAAAUUAUGACUAGUUUCUUGAAUUAUCCAAUGAUUGUUUAUGCAAGUUCUAAACAAUGGAAUGAAUUGCUUGAAAUUCUAGUCGAGUACAAAGCAAAUUGUAUGGCAACAACAGACAAUGGUAGAUCAGCUAUUUGGUUUGCCCUCAAAUAUAAAAACACUCAAUCGCUCAAAAUUCUACAAAAGAGUGAAGGUUUUUACAUAGAUAACGAAGAUUUCGAAGGAAGAACACCCCUUCUUAAUUCUGCCAUGGAAGAUGAUAUUAAUAAUGUGAAAUGCUUAUUAGAAAUUGGUGCGAAUGUUAACGCUUUUGAUCAUUUUCAUAAGACUCCAUUAAUUUUCUCAAUUAAGAAUGGGAAUUAUCAAAUGUUCAAACUUUUUUUGAAUGCUAGAGCUGAGAUGGAUUUACCAGGAUAUCAUCAGAAAACUCCUUUAUUUUAUGCUGCCAAAAGAAUGAAUCUUGAUAUGAUGCAAGAUUUAGUUGAUGGUGGAGCCGAUGUUAAUCAUCUUAGCAGCCGAAAUUCAACCCCGAUAUUUAAAGCUGCAGAACAAGACUUCGAAGACGGAAUUAAAUAUCUUCUUGAAAAAGGCGCAAAAAUUGAUAUUGAAAUGAAUGAUAAAACAACUCUGCUCAUGGCAGCAUGUAAAGGAAAAUCAAUAUACCUGAUUACAUACUGUGUCGAGCAUGGUUUAAAUGUUAAUGCGAUGAACAAAAGUGGGAAUACACCUUUAAUAUAUUCUUUAAAGCAAAAUUCAUUGUCCGAUGUUCAAUAUUUACUCAAUUACGGUGCUGAUCCCAAUUUUGGACUUCCAUCAAAGAAACCAUUUUUCUUUGCACGACAUUCUAAUUUAUUAAACAUUCUUAGACAAUAUGGCGCUCAAAUAGAGUAA